CUUCAAGCAAAAGUUUGCUCGAUCACACCGUUAUUUUUAUUGAAACGCCGUGUGUGCAUAUUUGUGUAAUACCAGCAACCACACAGGCAUCAUGAGCGGUUUUUAUCCUUCGCUUGAGGAUCUCGAGGUCGACCAUCUUGCGCGCGCCCAGAACAAUGCCGCGCAGGCGGUGGCCAGCAUCUCUGCCAGCGCCGCGGCGCAAGAGCAGGCCUAUGGCGUCAAGAGCGAUUCUAGCUCCCUCUACUCUGGUCUCGGACUUGAGGAAUUUUUGACUGAUGACUUUAUGGGUCUGGACGUUUCGUCCCAGGCCAUGGCCGCUCAACUACCCCAGGAACUGGCCGUGGCCUGCAUGGCUCCUGCACCUGUCUCUACGCUGCCCGGUCAACAGGCCAUCGCCUCGAUCACCCCAAAGAAUGAUUUGGGCAUGCAGCGAGCGGAAAUCAAGCAAGGCGUGCGCAAGGUUGUGCUGGCCAAGGAUGGCAGUGGCAAGCUUGGUCUGGCUGCCAAGUCCAUCGACAAGGGCGUCUUUGUCAGCUUUGUCUGGCGGGACAGCGCUGCCUCGCUCGGCGGCAUUCGCUUUGGCGAUCAGAUCCUCAGCAUUGACGGCGAGAACGUUGCCGGCUGGACCGAAAAGCAGGUGCACAAGAAGCUCGACAAGGCCAACCCUGCCUGCAUCACCCUCAUUCUCCGCGACCGCCCCUGGUGCCGCACCGUUACCACCGUCAAGGACAGCACCAACCACGUCGGCUUUACUUACAAGCGCGGCGAGAUUAACAACAUUGUCAAAGACUCCUCUGCCGCGCGCAAUGGCCUCCUCAUCCAUCACAUGCUUGUCGAGGUCAAUGGCCAAAACGUUGUGGGCGUCAAGGAUGAGGAGAUUCAAAAGAUCUUUGCGGCGUCGCCCCGUUCCGUGACCGUCACGAUCCUCCCCACAUUUGUCUACAAGCACCUCAUUCAAAAGGUUGGCUCGUCGCUCAUCAAAAAGUACAUGGACCAUUCGGUGCCCGAGCUCUAAGAGCACCACUCGAAGCACCAGCCCAGCCCUGCCCCAAGGCUUGAAACUCGUAAACGUGGCGCCGGCGCCAAUAAAUCACACUUUGCACUCGUUCCUUGACACGUCCGGCUUGGUGGCCAAGGCCAGCCUCAUUGAAGGAUGGCCCAAUAAGGAUGGUGUGCGCUCGUCCUUGUUAGGGUCUUCGCCUUUGCGUGUUUUGUUUUCAUCUGAUUUUGUUUUCGUCUCGCUGAUGUGAUCAAGGUGACUUUUAAUGUUGCGUGUUGUGUUGUCUGUACACGCGAUGCCCUCAUUUGUGGACGUGCUUGUAUUCAACAAUGGGUCAACCUUUCUAUAUCAAUUUAUGGUUACUCUUCC